AUGUGGAGCUUCGCAGCGGCCGCUUUGCACAGUGCGCUGCGUCACUUCGAGACUGCUUGGCUUUUCACAAGAUCUGACUUCAAGACAAUAAUUCUCCCAGUGAUGACAUUUGCAACCGUUGUCUCCCCUCGUCACAACCCGCUAGCCUUGUCUUGCUCUCUGUGUUGGCUCUGGUUACAUCUCUUCCAAGCCAAUGUCUCUAACCAAGCCUGCUCUAUACAUGAAGAUAAAGUGAAUAAACCAUGGCGUCCUGUGCCGUCCGGGCGCAUUAGUGUCGAAGAAUCUCGUGCCUUACGCUGGGGACUCAUGGUUUUCUGCUCGGGCCUUUCAUCCCUUUUCAGUUUAAAUGUGUUGAUAACUAGUGCGAUGUCCACUGUGGUUAUGAUGGUGUACGACGAUUUUCGUCUCAGUCACCAUCCAUGUUUCAAAAAUUUGUGCAACGCAGGAUAUUAUGUGACGUUCGAACUCGGUCCUUCGUUAAUUCUGUCAGGGGAAUCUUCACUUGACCGCACGAGCAUACAAGCACUUUCCUGCAGCACUCUUGUCAUACUUCUGACAAUCCAUGCACAGGAUUUCGCGGACGUCAAUGGUGAUCGCAGGUCCGGACGACGCACUCUGCCGAUUGUGGCACCCGAAGGAUCUCGCAUCUACAUGCUUUGUGUACUUCCGCUACUUUCUUUUGCACUUGCCUCAUUCUGGAGCCUGGGGCCUCUCUGCAGCGCUUUCUUUAUUUCUGUGGGUUCUGGGGUCGGACUUCGCUACUUUCUCUUCCGCGACGAAAUUCGUGACCAGGCAAACUACCGCCUGUAUAAUAUAUGGCUCAUGGGCGUCCAUUUUUUGCCAGUUCAUGUGCGUUGCCGCGCAUUGACGUGGUAG